UAGGAUUAAAGUGGUCCAGGCAGCCAGAGAUCAAGUGCAAGUAGUCCAUAGCCCAUCGAGCAUAUCCUUUCAACAAAUGGCUCUGCCGCAUUGCAAGUUCAGCGCCAUUGUCCUGAUCCUCGUCCUGCUGCUGUCGCUGUCACCAUCAGAGACGCAGUCAAAGCUCCUCACACGCUGCCAACUGGCCAAGGAGCUUUUGCGGCACGACUUUCCACGCAGCUAUCUAUCCAAUUGGGUUUGUCUAGUGGAAUCGGAAAGCGGCAGGAGCACAUCAAAGUCAAUGCAGCUGCCGAAUCAGAGUGUUAGCUACGGUUUAUUCCAGAUAAACAGUAAAAACUGGUGUCGCAAAGGACGUCGCGGUGGCAUAUGCAAUAUCAAAUGCGAAGAGUUCCUCAACGAUGAAAUCUCGGAUGACUCGCGCUGCGCAAUGCAGAUCUUCAAUCGUCAUGGAUUUCAGGCCUGGCCCGGAUGGAUGAGCAAAUGUCGUGGGCGCACGUUGCCGGAUGUUUCGCGUUGUUAAAGCCACAAAAACAACAAACACAAACAAUUGCAGUUAUAACCCAAAAAAAAAACAUACAAAUGUACAAUAUUUUAGCUGCUAGAUUUAAGACUCGCCUCAUUGGUUUCAUUGCAUUUCUUUCAAUAAUAUAUUAACAUUAGUUGUA